AUGCGUCACCUCCGCGCGCUCCACCCAGAGCCAUCGCCCUCGACGCCACAUUCGACCCACCUGCACGAGGCGUCGCUGCUGCCGAAGAGGUCCAUCCCGCUCGCCUACUCCAAGCUGCCGGCGCUGGUGCAGGCCCACGCGCAGUCGACGGCCACUUGGCUGUGGUGGGUUGACUGCGACACGGCCAUCCUCGACGAGAGGCGGCCGCUCAGCGACGUCCUGGCUGCUGCGCUCACCGCCGCGGCUGAAAGCGGCGACACCGCCAACGGCGUUGCGAGCGAUGACGGCGGAAGGAGGUGGAGGCCUGCGAUAGCAGCGGGCACCCGCGCCGCAGCCACCCCCGAGCUGCUCAUCGCGUACGAGCCGUGGGGCGUGGACAGCAGAAUCGAGGAGCCGGAGGAGCCGUCUCCGAAGCGGUCGAUCCACGAGCUCUUGCGCAAGAGACGCGGCGCGGUCGCUGCGGCGCAGGCGAGGCUGGGCCACCCGAUCAACACGGGCUCCUUCUUCCUGCGCCGCGGACCCUGGGCCGAGGCGCUGCUCCGGCGCUGGUGGGCCGCGUGCAACGAGACGAUUCGGAUCGGCCACCGGCGGGCCGCGCCGCUCUGGGACCAGAGUGCGCUGCAGCGCCUCCCCGACUUUGCGCCGCCGCCGCUCGGUCACACCGGACCGUACCACGUCGGCGCCGGCGGCGCCGGCGUCGCGCUGCCACACGCACCGUUCAACGAGCAGCUGUGCGCCUCCGCCGCCUCGCCGCCGUCCCUGCUCUGCAGCCCGCCUCACGGAAGCAAUGGCUGCGCUCGGCCCGCGCCCUUCCUACUCCACCUCUCCCGCGGGCGAUCCUCCCUCGGUCGGUGCUCGCCCGACUGGGUGCAAGGCAUCCCUCCCGAGUACAAGUCGUGGCUGCGCGAGGCGGCGGCGCCCGCCGGCCUCGGCUUCGCGGCGCUCCGCCUCGCCUGCUGCAACAAGUUCCCGCUGCGCGGCCAGCUGGCGCGGAGAGUUGAGGGCGCUCUGGGUGUGCAAGACAGUGAGGUGUGGGCGCGGGUCGGCGCGGCGGUG